AGUUCCUGCAUGCCCGGGUGGCCCCAUGCGAGGCCCAUCUUCACGACGCUGGUGCCACGGCCCUGCUCGUGCUCGGCUUCACCCUGCUGCUGCCGCUCCUGGUGCUGGGCCUGGCCGCCUUCGUCCGGCUGGCCCGGCGGCUCCAGCUGGGCUACUGCCUGCUGCCCUACAGCCUGGCCGUCUACCGGCACCUGCCCGCCAGCCGCUACCACCAGGCGGCUUGGUGCUGCCCCCGGGCCCGUGCGCCCGCCCCGGGGGACAAGGUCUGGGUGUGAGGGGGCCCGAGAGCCCUGCUGUGACCCCCCCCAAGGUGAGAGACACCGGAGGGCACCCGGCUGCCACUCCCCACAGCGAACGAGGAGCACUCCACAAGAUGCAGCCUGGGAGGACUCCCCCUUGGCACUGACACCCCAAAGAGACUGGGGGGGCAGGGGAAUCGCUGCUGGUUUGGGGUGAGCGACACCUCCUCGUUCUGCCACUGGCUACUUUGGGGGUCCAGCGUUUGCGCCUGGGGUUUGGGGGAGGGGCUGUCAGGGGCAAUCUAGGGAGGGCUGUGGGUCUGGACUGGGGGGGCUGUUGAUCUCUGGGACUGGACUGGUUUGGGGUGGAGGGGCGGGGCUGGAUCUGAACUGGAUGGGGUAGGGGGUCCUGGGGGGCUGAGGGUGAUGGGCAGGCUAGGGUGGCUGUGGUGGGGCCUUCAAACGAAGCAGACGUGUGGGGGGGUCAUUUUAUUAUCAAUAAAAAUCCUUUUUUAUC